AUGGAUGAUCCAGCGGCACAACUGCAUCAAAACUUACAAGAUGCAGUCAGUAAUGCCCUCGCCAUGCGUCGUCCGAUCCUCCACCACCUGAGUGCCGAUACAGCAUGGCUGCUCAUGAUCCCUCGCCCGCUCGCCGCAACCAGACGUGGAGGUCGAGUCUACUUCAACAUUCUCAUCGACCCCUGGCUUUCUGGAACACAAACCGACUACAUCAGUUGGUUGAGCAAACAAUGGCACGCCGAUGAACCUCGAGUUCCGAGCAUCGCUGCGGUAGAAGAUCUGAUUCGCGAGACCGAGAGUCUGGCCAGUGGGUUACGUUCAGAAAAGGGUAAAAAGAGCAAUGGACAAGACAACGAAGAUCUUGAUGAGGUCGAGACUCUCAUAGACGCUGUUGCCAUCAGCCAUCAGUUCACCGACCACUGUCACGAACAGACUAUGCGAGACGUACAUCCACACGUACCUGUCUUUGCGACUGAGAAAGCAAUUCCACUGAUCGAGUCGUGGAAGCACUUCCGCGUCGUACAGACGAUACCAUACUUCUCUCAGGAUCCUGAUUGGCAUGCGACAUCAGUACCCCCGUUACCAGAAUGGCUCGGUAUAUCACGACUUGUAACAGGCAGUGAUUUGCUAUACUUUCACUCAGCCCUCAUGAUCACCUUCAACAAUCAGCAAAAGGACGAGGGUGCGGAAGCAGUCAUCUACACACCGCAUGGGAUACACAGUGAUAGUGAGGGUCUUGAUCUGGUGACCAAAGCCAACCCUCCGAUAAAGACUCUAGCUUUCUUGCAUGGCCUCGAAGACAUAACACUGGGAGCAGCACAACAGCUCAAUUUGGGAGCGCACAAUGGACUCAAGGCGCAACGGAAACUCAAGGCUAGCUACUGGAUUGCUACUCACGAUGAGGAUAAGAAGGGCACAGGUAUCGUAGGGUGGUUGCUCAGAAGGAGGAAGAUCAGCGUGAAAGAUGCUGUAGAAGCCGAGAGGAAACGCAGGAGAGGCUCGUCGAGUGAGGAUAUGGCGUGCGACGAGGUGCUAGGGUCGUUCGAGGGAGUCAAUUGGGCGGAUGUUGGAAAUGGUGAAAGCCUUGUACUGCAGUAA